UUAACGUUUUUCUUUUUCUCAUUUGAUUGAGCACAACGGAAUCGAGAGAUUUUCUCAGAGUAGUUUUGGGUUCCCAUUUACUUUUUUUUUUUUUGUUUCCUUUAAAUUGGGAGUGUUAACGUAUCUCUGUUCGUCAUCUGAGUUUUGAGAGAUCGUCUUCGCCGAAGCUUUUCUUGACUGAGUUUGGCCGGAGAAAAUGGCGAUGAUCACUGCUUCACGCUUUGUAUCGAGAACUUCUGGUGUCGCCGGGCAUGGAAGUUCGGGAUCGGAGAUGAAAGCGAAUUUGGCUCAGAUAAGCCAGAGGAACCAAACCAUGACUCACAGUGGGCUAAGAUCUCUGGACAAUCUGAGUAUGCUGAAGGUGAGAUCUCGCCAAACUGUGGUUGCCCGGAAAGCUAUGGCAAAAGUUGAGGAGACCCAAAACGACAAGUCGUUUGGGAAAAUAGUUUGUGGGCAAGGAAUGUCGUUGGUGUUUGUAUCGGCUGAGGUCGGUCCUUGGUCCAAAACUGGUGGACUUGGUGAUGUUCUUGGUGGACUUCCUCCAGCAAUGGCUGCUAAUGGGCAUCGAGUUAUGACGAUUGCUCCACGAUAUGAUCAGUACAAGGAUGCAUGGGACACUGGUGUUCUUGCAGAUAUUCCAGUUGGUGGCAGCGUUCAAACCGUUCGAUUCUUCCACUGCCACAAACGAGGGGUUGAUAGAGUGUUUGUGGAUCAUCCCUGGUUCCUUGAAAAGGUAUGGGGUAAAACUGGAUCCAAAAUCUAUGGCCCUGUCACAGGAAAAGAUUACGAUGACAACCAGUUACGCUUCAGCCUGUUGUGCCUGGCAGCUUUGGAGGCUCCGAGGAUUCUAAAUCUGAACAGUAAUGAAUAUUAUUCUGGACCUUAUGGAGAGGAUGUUGUAUUCAUUGCCAAUGAUUGGCACACUGCUCUUAUUCCAUGCUACCUGAAAACUCUGUACCAACCUAAGGGAAUCUACAAAAGUGCCAAGGUUACAUUCUGUAUCCACAAUAUAGCCUACCAAGGACGAUUUGCCUUUACGGACUUCUCACUUCUCAAUUUGCCUGAUCAGUUCAAGAGUUCUUUUGACUUCAUUGACGGGUAUGUCACGCCUGUUAAGGGAAGGAAGAUCAACUGGAUGAAAGCUGGAAUAAUUGAAUCAGACAGGGUUGUGACUGUGAGCCCUUACUAUGCGAAAGAGCUAAUUUCGGGUGAAGACAGAGGUUGUGAAUUGGAUAACAUCAUUCGUAAGACUGGUAUCAGUGGAAUUGUAAAUGGUAUGGAUGAUCAAGAGUGGAAUCCAGCCACUGACAAAUACCUCAGCAUCAAAUAUGAUGUCAAUACUGUGUUCGAAGCAAAACCUCUGUUGAAAGAAACCCUUCAAGCGGAAGUUGGGUUGCCUGUCGACACCAACAUACCUGUGGUGUGUUUUGUUGGUAGACUAGAAGAGCAGAAAGGUUCAGAUAUUCUCGUGGAAGCCAUUGAUCAGCUCAUUGAUGAAGAUGUUCAAAUCAUUCUUCUUGGAACUGGCAAAAAGUAUCUGGAGAAGAUGAUCGUUAAAGCAGAGAAGAAAUAUCCAGACAAGGUUAGAGCAAUAACAAAGUUCAAUGUCCCCUUGGCUCAUGUGAUGAUUGCAGGGUCUGACUUUAUCGCCAUCCCAAGUAGAUUUGAGCCUUGUGGUCUCAUUCAGCUGCAAGCUAUGCGAAAUGGAACGAUUCCUUGCGUUGCCUCGACUGGUGGGCUUGUCGACACUGUCAAGGAAGGCUUUACAGGUUUCCAAAUGGGAGCCUUCAAUGUUGAAUGUGAGAAAAUCGAUCCGGUUGAUGUGACUGCUGUGGUGAAAACCAUCAAGAAAGCUCUCUCAACAUAUGGUACUCCUGUUAUGAAAGAGAUGAUUCAAAAUUGCAUGGCACAAGAUCUCUCAUGGAAGGAACCUGCAAAACAAUGGGAGAAGAUGCUGCUGAGCCUGGAAGUUGCUGGAAGUGAACCAGGCAUUGAAGGUGAAGAAAUUGCUCCAAUGGCCAAGGAGAACCUGCCUACACCCUAAGCUAGAUUCCAUAUUUACUGUGUGGUCUUCUUUUUAGUUUCUAUUUUAGAUUUGAGAAUGUGAUAAUUUAGAAGGGCAGAGACAUUAGCAAGUAAUAUCAGAAGAACUAAUUCCAUCAACAACCAGAAUGGUGAUCUGAAGAAGAAGAAGAAGAAGAAGGUGUUUUUCAGUUCUUUUUAAGUAUGAGAUGAUGUUAAGUAAAUAAAAAGGCUCUACUAAAUAAAAUGUCUUUCCUUUUCA